GAUCGCAGAUCGACUCUUUCCUGAUCGUGAUCAUCGUGAUCCGGUGAUCGUGUUCCUACUUACUCCUAGACGUCUCAGAAAUUUUGAAUUCUGAUUCACAUUCAAUGUGCUUCAAAUUUGAGUUUUAAAAAUUUGUUCCAGGAAUAAGACAUUUUAUUAAUUAUUAGCAAAAUUCUUCCUCUGUUGGUGAACCAUGAAAUCUGCUUUCUGAAGCAGAUCAAAAUCAGUUUUAAUAUUAAAAUUUCCUCGGCUUCAAUGUUAGAGGUAAAUAAACUGUCUGAGUUGGACAUUCAAGUUUAAUAUUGUUAAAAGGUUGAAAAUUGGUUCAUGUUGAUUUCGCCUCGAAAUGUUUUCGCUGUUUUCGGUAAUGACAAUGAAUAUUGUUUGAAUACAGAUAAUCGGCUGUUUGAGCAGUGAUACUUCUUACUUAUGUAGUACUAUAUUUUCUACUGAAUAAUUGUUGAAAAUUGCUACGCAAAAUGGAAAUGUCUAAAACUGAAUGUAAACGUAUCCUUAGAAGUUUAGAAUUAAAAGCGUAUAAAAGCGUUGUCGAUGCCUUAAGAGCACAAGGAGGUUUAACAGCUAAUAAAUUCGAAGUUUUAAUGAAUUUGGCUGCUACAUUGAAAGUUGGCGAAGAACGUUACCGGAGUGAAAUAAGAAGGGCUGCAAAUGAUGAUUUGCUGAAUACAAUUGCUCAGAGAACGACAGGUAAAGAUACGGAAGCAGAAUGGCAGGCUGAAUCAGGAAAAAAAGUGCCGUUGACUCCCAUGGUUGCUCCUCAUACCGCGUUCACAGUGCUCGCUGAUGCAAUUUCGGACAUUGUUUCUUUAGAAAAUGAAAAAUUUUCCGAAUCUGACGGCUCAAGCAAUGUUGUAGGAUCGUAUAAAUUCCGAAAUGACGAGAACUUGAAAAAAUACCAAUCUUCCAAAGUGAUGGACUCGUUACUGAAAAAAAGAAAAGACCAUCACGAGAACUCGAUUUCAUCGGAAUUGGAAAACAUUAAGCAGAAUACUUACUACCAUUCAUCUCCGAUUAAAUCCGGUUAUAUUGAAAUAGCAUACGAUGAAAGUUCUAAUUCUGGUGAUACGCAAGAAACGAAUUUCUCUUACGAUGAUACAAAUUCGUCAUUCGAAACACCAUUAUCUCCUUCAUAUGACAAAGCGAGUCCUCCGGAAAAGAAUUUCGAGAGCAUCGAAACAUCGUCCAGUUCUUCGGCAAAAAAGAAUGAUUUGAAAUUGAAGCGGAAAAGGGACGAAAAAGAAAUCAACUCUGAUAGAUUAUUGAAUAUUUCCGGAAUACAGAAUACCGAUAGAACGAGGAACUUGAGAAUGAAACCGUUCAAGAAGUAUACUUGGAAUAGCGUAGAGAUACGGUCUUUCGAAAAAGAAGAAGAUGAUGAUGAUAUGGAAAAAAUCACCGAUUACAAAACGGUGAACGAUACACGCCGUAAUCCAGUUAAAUCUCAUUGUGAAAGUAGUAAUGUAAGACAAUUUAGAAGUAGAAAAUCGGAUCGGCGAAACAGAAACAGAACGAAAUUUGUUCGACAAAUCAAAAUCGGCAGAAUUCGAAAACAUACCGCUUCGUCAAAAAUGAAAAUCGAUGCUACCAAACAAGUGCCUUCUCGGACUUCUCGCAUUAGUUCGAGAAAUGCUAGACGUCGAAAUUACGCUCGAAUAGCGAGCGGUGAUUACGAUUUAUUGGAAUUUGAAAACCUUAGAAAAGAAAAAAAAGCUAAAGAUGAACAAAAUAAAAGAGAAGAUGAUGAUAAUAAAGAAACCGACGACGACACUUCCAGUGAUAGUUCAACUGCUCCUAUUGAAAUAUCGUACAAUAAUCCGGCUGCUCCAAAAAAUAGUGAUUUUGAUUUAGAUGGUGUUUCUGGUAAUUUUACUGAAACGGAUGAUGACAUGAAACCGCAUACCUUUAAUUUGAUUCCUGCGUCGAGACGUUUGAAAAUUUUGAAAAAACAAGCCACGUCUCCUUCCGGCGAAGAACCUCCCGCUAAACAAAUUGCGCUGUCUUCUCAAUCGAAUGAUGAACCGAGUGUUGCUCCGGUUGCCAGAUCAUUGCUUGAUAUCAAUGCGCUGAAAAAAGUAUUAGCUACUCAUGAAAAUUCAGAAAACCUAACAUCUAGUUCUUUAAGCGAUGCAUCAGACAUUGCAGAUGUAAAAGAAACUGCGGAUAGCUCUGCUCGUUCACAAUCUUCAUGCGAUGUCACAGAAAUCAAUGAAUGCAAGCAACCAAUUCUCGAUUUACCACGUCUUGCUCUUGAAAAAAAAGUAACGAAACCAAAAAUGAGACUCAGCGAAGCAUCCACCAUCGAAAAUCUGCAUUCGUUACUAUCCAAAGUGAAAGAAAUUGAUUCAAAAAGACACGCUACUAAAUCUAGUUACAUGAAGAAUUUAUUGCUUGAAAAAAAGAAAGAUCCGAAGAAGUCGCCUCGAUCGGCAUCACCCAUUGUAAAUAAUUGUAAUGGAACAUUAAUAGAAGUCGGCUCAGAAGGUGGUUCAGUCGAGAAUGAAAAUUCCGGAGCUCAGUUAUCGAAAAAUCGUGCUUCAAAAGAUCAAAUCACUAAUGGAAAUGAUGUGCAAGUAAACGCGAAAUCGAAACCAACCAGUGAACCAGAUGUAAAAUGUGUAUCUAUAAACGAGGAAGAAGUUGUUAGUAUUACCCUUGAUGAUCUUGAGGACCCAAGAAAAUGCGAUGUAACGGAGCAACUCAUCGAUAUCGAAUCCGCUGAUAUUAUUAUUGGUGAUAGCGGAGACCAAAAUGACGAAUUCAUUUUAACCGAUAAGAAUUCAGCCAUUUCAGUUACCGAAACAAAAAAUGAUCCAAAACUUGAUGAAGCUGUGAAAUUAUCGAACCCACUAACGGUCCCCGUUCAAAAUAAUGAAAUAACCGAGCAAAAGGAUGAUGUAAUUGCGGUAAACUCGAAAAAUGGUGAAAAUAAACCUCUACAUAGUGACUCGGGAUCAUUUGAAAUAGAUGACAACGACGUCAAAGUGAAAUCAGAUGUUCCGGCCAAUUUUCGAUCCACCAUGGAAAAAAUUUUAUCCGCAUCUGCAGAUUUCAGAUAUAAGGCGGAUGCCGAUGAUCCUUCGGUGAAGCAAUCAGCAUCAAAACCGUCGCCUUCUCAUUUGGUUACUGCUACUGUAAUUUCCGGAAUACCAACUAUUAUCAAUUCGAGUAAAAAAUUCGGAAAUUAUACGAUAACUGGAAAAGCUACAAAUACGAUAGUAGUGAACGCUUCAAAAAUCGUGAAUAGCAGCCCUAAGUUGUUGGCGAAUAAAUUGAACGAGUCAAAUUCAACUAAUAAUUCAAUAUUCUCUAAUGAUCGGCAGUUCGUAUUAUUGGACACCAAAUCAAUUACGGGUUCAAAGUCGUUACUCAAACCUAUUAAAAUUCUUUCAAAAAAUGUGAUUUCUAAUAAAGUGACGAUUGACGCCAAUUCCACCGUUCAAAAACCGAAAAUGUUGAGCAUUUAUUCGUCAUUGAAAAAUCUCAAUGAGUUCACUUCAUCGGUUAAUCCAGUCACCGUGAAAAGUAAUUUUGUAUUCAAAGGCGUUGAAACUAAAAGUGCAGACGCUGCUUUCUCAGUGAUCAAUGAUAGAGCAGUUGUGGCUAAACCAGCCGACGAAAUGAAUCCUCAAAAACUUAUUUUCUCUCAAACUUUGGAAACUAGUUCAAAAUCAGUCGAAGCUGCAAAAAGUCAAGUCGAUAAAACAACAACAGCUGUAGCGGCAGGGAAUAUCGAAUUAUCUCAAAAUAUCGACAAAGUAAUUGAAAUAUCUUCGAGCGAUUCGCAAGAUGAAAAUACAACUUCAAACGAUAGUAAUUUUGAAAGUAUUUCUUCAAAUAAUGUGUCGAAUGAAAUGAAAAAACAGUUUUUUCAAAAAAUCUUAUUAAAAAACAGUCGUGAUAUUUUGAGGAAAUAGUGACUGAAGAAAUGAAAGUAUAAAUUUUCGAUGUGUUCCUCUGUGAUUCAAAUCGUAUAACAUAAGCAAACGGAACUAGAAUGCUGUGAAAAAUUGUCUGUCGAUUUUUUUCUUAUUGAAUCUUGAAGAAAUUAUUAUUAUUAUUUUUUUAGAAUAUUUUGAACUAUUGUAUUACCACUGAUUUUUAAUUACAUUUCUGAUCGUUA